AUGGCUAGAAUGCAGUGGAUUGCGGAGGACGGGUCUCGCAAGUUCGUAUCGAUCGGAGGCCGCAAGCCCAGCAGCCCUGGCAGGAUGGCGGAGUACGAAAAGUACGUGGCCUCGUUGAAGACCCCUGCGUCCAGCCCAAAAGCAACCGAAACCAAGAACAAGCUGGCCGGCAAGGCGAAGGCUGCCAAUCGCGUCACAUCAGGGCGGGUGAAAAAGGUUGUACACGGUGAUGUGUCCAAACGCGAUGAUGAUAUGGUGCUCAUGUACGCAUCCUUUCUCUCAACCGGCAAGACCCACGUAAGUUUCAAGUUUCCAGCUCAUGAAUUGAGCUCCAAGCACCAGAGCCUUUGCUAUCUUUACUAA